AUUUCUAGGAGGUAUGGGCCACCGCCCGAUUGGGAAGGGCCGCCACCACCACGAGGCACAGAAGUUUUCGUUGGUAAAUUACCUCGUGCCAUUUCGGAUGCACAUUUGAUAGAGGUGUUGAGUGGCGUUGGUUCAUUGUAUGAGGUAAGGCAAAUGCUGGAGGCAACCGGAUCGAAUCGUGGAUACUGUUUUGCUAUUUAUCAGUCUCUUGAUGGUGCUAAGCGUGCUUGUAGCGAGGUUCGUUUCCAAACAAUUGUGUUUCUUCAGCUAAAUGAUUUGGAAAUAGCGCCUGGUCGACGCAUCGGUGUGGUGAGGAGUGUGGACAAUCGACGACUUUUUAUCGGUGGAAUACCGCGUGAAAUAAAGUCGGAUCAAAUUUUGGCGGAAAUAAAGAAGUGUACAGAUGGCGUUGAAGGUGUUUAUGUGUAUCCAUCAAUAACUGACAAAUCCAGAAAUCGAGGCUUCGCUUUCGUUGAAUAUCAAGACCACAAGACGGCAGCACAUGCACGCAAAAAAUUCAUCCAACAACCACUCGUGUUAUGGGGUAAAGUUGCUUGCAUUGACUGGGCUGAACCAGAGCAACAAGUGGACAGCGAUAUCAUGGAAAAUGUGAAAAUAUUGUAUGUUCGAAAUUUGAUGCUGAAUACAGACGAGACGACAUUAAGGAAGUACUUCGAGAUGGGCGAUACGCAUUGUAUCGAACGGGUUAAGAAGAUACGCGAUUUUGCUUUUGUUCAUUUCACAACUCGUGAGAAGGCACUGAACGCGUUGAAUAAGUUGAAUCAUACAAAACUGGAUGGCUCAACGAUAGAAGUUUGCCUUGCAAAACCACCUGAGCGUGUCUCAUCACGGAUCAGUCGUAUUCUGUCCAGUGAUGAUUCUGGUGUUGCCUCUUUAUCUUCGAGUCGAUCACCUUCGAUAUGUUGCCUGGCAGCCAGUACGACUGGUACCAAGCAAAACCCUUCGCCUAUGCUCCCAACCGGAAUACCUCCAAUACUCUUCACACCCUCAACAUAUCCCUACCAAAACUCACUAUUCACCAAUCACCCUCAUCUCUACGGAUUCCACUAUCCCACAUCUGCUGCGCUCACUCCACAGAAUGUUGCCAAUGCUACAGCUUUAUCGAAUCCGUAUAGCACCGGCAAUCUCGCUAAUAUUAAUGCGCCAUUGAUUAAUUCCGCAACAGCUCAGUGCUGGCCAAAUGCCGCACCGAAUGGCACCACCACACAUUUACCGUUUUUUGCGCCACUCGUUCAGCAAAUUCAAAAUAUUUGCGUUCCGGCGGCUGGCUUAUCCACAGCAGCCGGUACCACCACUCUGAACGGUUGCAUCCCAUAUGGAGCUACGCUACCUACAAUGGUAGCGGAACCGCAAACCCAACUUCAGCCGCCUCAGCCAUUGGCUCAGCAAUCUCAGCUGCAUCUUCAACAAAAUCAAGCCGAAGCUCAGAAUCCUACUAAUCCUGCUGAACCGUCUUCUGAUGAGUCCAGUGAUCAACAGCAACAACAACAACAACAGCAGCAAUUUCAAACUCCCUCAAUUCCUGUCUCGUUACCAAUUUCGGUAUCUAUACCCGUAUCAAUGCCCAUGCAAAUACCAAUUUUACCAGUUGCCCCAACUGGCAACUGCGCUCAGUUACCGCCUGCUCAAGCAGCUACAGCGUUUUUUCAAGCAGCACCAUCAAAUCUACAACCUCAGUCGAUUGCACAACAACCCCAACAACAAAAUCCUGUCGCUUCGGCCACUCUUUUGAAUCAACUCUCAGCUGCGGCCACAUUCACCAAUAUGAAUUGUGUAAAUGGUCUGCGAUCUGCUGGCCUCCAAGCCAGAGUUCGUCAUCUUGCCAAACGACCGUCGGAUGCAAACGAUUACCUGAAUAAAGUGGAUGCAAUCAACGAUAGCAACGCGAGUUUCACGAUGCCUCCUCCGCCAUACUCUAAAAUCCCAGCAUUUUUCGAUGGGCAAAUACAAAUGCUUUUCAAUGUGCUCAAUGCUAGGACAAUUGGUCUCAGCAGUCAGCAACAAGCCUCAGCAGCAACCCUAGUCACGGCAGCCACACAGUUGCAGCAGUCGAAAACCGACGACCGUUUCAUGAGUUAA